AUGGGAAGCCCAGAAAGAGAAUUGUGCCCUCCGCCAUCAGAAGAAGACGAACUAACCUUACCCAGAGCCAGUAUCAAUAAAAUGAUCAAAGAAUUAGUGCCAUCUGUUAGAGUCGCAUUCGAGUCUAGAGAAUUAAUUCUUAACUGUUGCACGGAAUUCAUACACUUACUGAGCUCAGAGGCCAAUGAAGUUUGUAACCAAAGUAAUAAGAAGACGAUUAAUGCAGAACACGUGCUCACGGCUCUUGACAGAUUGGGGUUCAGUGACUACACAAUAGAGGCAGAUGCAGUACUGAAAGAUUGCAAAGCUGUGGCCGCCAAACGUCGUAGACAAAGCACUCGUCUUGAAAAUCUUGGAAUACCCGAGGAAGAGCUUCUUAGGCAACAACAAGAACUAUUUGCAAAGGCACGAGAGGAACAAGCAAAACAAGAGCAGCAGCAAUGGCUGCUUCUGCAGCAACAGACAAUGAGUGCAGAAGGCACUCCACAGCCAUAUGUACCUCCUCCUACUGGACCUAAAAAUGAUGAUGAAGAGGAUGAUGACUACUCAUAAAUUUACUAUAGAACAACAGCAACAUUUAAUUGACCAGAGUCCAUGUUAGACUUGUGCAAAUGUGUAAAUAUUGGUCUCAAAAAAAUUAGACUUUACAAUAAGGACCUGUUAAUUUUAAGUUAU